AUGUUGCUCCAGUCCUUGACGGUGUUACCCUCGCAUUGCCACUGCGGCUCCACCUUCUUGCGCGUCACCUGGCGGGUGGAUCUCACUGGAGAUUUGGCGGAGCUGGAGGACCUGACCAAGUCCGGGGGUCACCUUGACAAUCAGCAUGUGAGUCCAAGAAUGCAAGGUCUAGGUGACCUGAACAAGAUAUUCUUAGAGAUUCCUUACCAGUUGCUAAAUGCUGCAAACAGUUUCAACUUCAAAGAGUUAGCGGUGCAACGAGGGCAAUCCUGGAUCUGGCGCCGCAUCCAGGCCUGGACCGGAGAGCAGCGCGGGAAUCUCUUUGAUUGGCUGGAGCGAUUGCUUCAGAAGCAGUCCAAGAUGUUGCCGCUGCACAUGACGGUCAUUCACAAGGCCUCGAUGUUUUGGCUGCUCAUUGCUCUUCUGGAGCUCUUGCUGCACACCGCCUCCAGCGUGCGUCUCACCCAAGCCGUGGUCUCCUUCGAAUGUGAGCCUCAGCGGUGCCAGUGGGGAUUCGAAGCGGAGAAGCAAGGAACUGUGGUUUGGGCCAGUGACAGUCAGAUCGUGACCCUACUUUUGCUGAGUGCUUCGCUCUACCUGGGGAAUCGCGCCCAGUGGCGCAUCUGCCUGGAGGUGCCCGCCGCCUUGCUGGCAGACGUCUUGAACGUCACGGCGCACGGAAAAGAGCUCUUAGACCUGCGCUGCCUCGACGGCUCUCCGUUGCCUCUCACGCGUUUUAAGCAGUGGCCCGAUGGUCUGGUCUACGCUCAGUUCGGGCUCUAUGCGGAAAAACCCACCAUGCUGGUGAGGCGAAGGAAGUAUUUGUUGGUCCUGGGACGAGGUCUCACCAUGAUACUGCUUUUUGGUGCCUCCUCGUCCUGUUGGGGCUGCAUCAAUGAGAUCUCCUUGCCCAACACUGGUGGCCUUUUCGACGUGGAAGCGCAGCUCCUGUUGCUGGGAUCUUGCGGGCGGCACAAUGGCAGCGGCAUCCCCUGCCUACUGGGACUCUACGCUGGGGAGUCGGUACGGAGUCACGUGUGGCUGUGCCCGAAGGGCGAGGGCUGGCAGGUGGCGAAUUUCUUGGACUCGGAGCCUUGGGACUACGAGGACCGGAGCCAGUGGCGCCGGAGCCAGUCCGUCGUCAGCGGCGUACGCAUCGUACAGGAGCCAGAUGACGACCUUUGGAAUUUGGUCCACUCUCGAGGCCUCCCCACAGAGGAGGGCCCCUCCACGGUCUAUGUGCAAUUUGACGCUGAGCCGGGCGACGAAGACCCUCGCGGCGGCCGGCGUGCUGUGCGGCAGAUGGUGCCGGUGGCGAAGCUGCAGAGGGGACCGAAGCAGGAAACCACGGCGGUGCUUUCCGUACCGGUGCCCACACCGGGUGCAGACGUCACGGUGCCCACACCGGUGCACACCGGCUGCCAGGUGGACUUCUUACCGGGUGCCUUCUUUUGCUCGGUGCCGCGGCGCGGACGGACGAGGGACGCGCGGUUCCAACGGACCGGAACGAGGAGCCGCACGAGUGAGGGUGGUGGAUGGACAGCACGGGCGGCAUGCUGGGACGGUGACUGGCAGUCUGGGAGCAUAUUCCUUCAGAUUUUGGUAUUGGAAGAAUAUGGAAGAAUAUCACAACACGAGAACGAGUUGAGUUGCUGCCCUGGGGACACGAAGUCUUGCCAUUUCCAGAAGGUGAGUGUGGGUCGGCGGGCUGCGUGGAGUAACUUAUCCAUGCUUUGUGCGGGCGCAGCGUUGGCACUCAUUGGCUUUGAUUUGAGCUUCCACUUGAGCUACAGCCUCCAAGGUACCUUGUUGAAAGAUUGUGAGGAUAUCUUGAGCGGACGAUGCUUAGAGCUUGAACCACGUCCUGGUGGACGGCAAGUGGCCAGCGGCCUGGGCGUGUCUUGGGCUCCGGUUUUGUGCGGAUCGUUCGUCACGUCGCAAAGUCAACAGAUGUCUUUUUGGUGCGGGUGGACCAGUGGCAUUGGUUGGAAAGACCUAUAUUUGUUGCAUUGGGGCAGCAUGUGUAGCUUUGGUCCCUUAGUUGGCUCACCAACAUGUUUGGAGAAGUGUGGCGGAAAGGGGUCAUCGUCAUGA